UCUAGAUAUAUCUACGAAAUAAUGAUAUAAAUACAGGCAAGUGCUAAGGGCAAUAACUAUUUAUCUCCGACAAGUGAGAGAAGUGAGAGAUCUAGAGAGAGAGAGAGCGAGAGAGAGAGAGAGAUCUAGAGAGCGAGGGUGAUGGGAGAGAGACGUCCUCGGAUCAGUGGUGGCUCCGAUGAAGGUUCGAGUAGGCGGUGGACAGCCAUGGAAGACAAAACUCUAACUGAAUACAUUAGAAUCAACGGUGAAAGACAAUGGAACUGCCUUCCUCAAAAUGCGGGACUCAAGAAAUCUGGGAGGAGUUGCAGGCUGCGAUGGUUGAAUUAUCUCAAACCGGGUAUUAAGAGAGGAAACAUCAGUCAAAAAGAAGAGGACACCAUAAUUAGGCUUCACAAAAACCUGGGCAACAGAUGGUCUGUAAUAGCAGGAUUGCUUCCAGGGCGUACAGACAAUGAAAUCAAGAACUAUUGGAACACAAAAAUCAGCAAAAAGAUCAAAGAAGAUGAUUGCAAGGCCGACUCUACCACUUCCAGUGAUCCUAAGCCAUCAAUUGGUCAUGAAUCCUUAGAAGUGCCAAACCUCACAACGAAACAGCAAUUAGGCCUCUGUGAGGUGCCACAAACAAGCCUAAACGAGAGCGAUGAAACAAGUAUUCCGUCACCUGAAGAAGCGCGGAUGGAACUUGAGGACGACCCGGUGGCUGCACAACCCCGGGACAUCUAUGGGGUCGUCCAUGAGCAUUUUGAGACUAUAUUAUCGCCGGUUAGGAUCUGCGAGGACAAGUGGCAACUCAUGCAUGAUGAUGUUUGGAUGGAUUUUGAGAUAUGGAACACCUUUCCUGAUCAACAAUAUUGAUUUUACUCUAGCCCUAUAAAUAUUGUGGUUCAGAUAUUGCUGGUUGGUUCUUGUUUUCUGGGCUUGAUCUCCUCUAAUUGUUAUGAAUGCGUUGCUUGUAAAUAAAAA